AUGCGACUAAUCAACACGAGUACCUACACCUUCGAGGAGUUCAUCGGUCGUGAUAUCCCCCCGUAUGCCAUACUAUCCCACACAUGGGAAACCGAAGAAAUUACUUACCAGGACUACACUAAUGAUGCUUGCCGACACCUCAAAGGCUUUGCAAAGGUUAUGAAGACACUUGAGAUAGCUGAAGCGAGUGGCAUCAGAUAUGCGUGGGUAGAUACGUGUUGCAUAGACAAGAGAAGUAGCGCGGAGCUCACUGAAGCCAUCAACUCCAUGUACUUGUGGUACCAGCGCAGCGAAGUCUGCUAUGCCUUCUUGUCCGAUCUCGAGGCUGAUGCAGAUCUUCAGGCAGACCUGCCACAUUGUCGUUGGUUUACUCGUGGUUGGACACUACAGGAGUUUAUUGCGCCUCGCACUGUAUACUUCUACGAUUGCGAUUGGCAAUAUAGGGGAUCGAAGGAGAGUCUAUCUACCGUACUGUGCCAGAUCUCGGGCAUAGAAAGGGAUAUCCUCUUACAUCAACGUUCACUCCAUUCGAUAUGCGUUGCCCAAAAGAUGUCAUGGGCCUCUUCUCGACAUACAACGCGGAUUGAAGAUACGGCGUAUUCAUUACUCGGCUUAUUUGGCGUCAACAUGCCACUACUUUACGGUGAGGAGGAGCGUGCAUUCCUCAGAUUACAAGAGGAGAUCAUCAAGUCGUCCUCUGAUCUCAGCAUGCUCGCGUGGGCGGACUCUACAAACCAAGGCAUCAGAGAUCAUAGCUCGGAAUUAUCCUGUGGCGUCCUGGCAGAUAGCCCUGCUCAAUUCUCCAUGGCUGGGUCGAUAUAUGGAUCAUUGGGUGUCGACUACAUAGGAGAGUCUUCAGUCACCAAUCGGGGUAUAAGAUUA